AACGGCGAGCGGGAAACCGGAAGGGGUAUCUUAAAGGGAAGGUGGCUAUUUCGCCUCCGAUAUUUAAUCUGUUUCGAUCGGCCCCGCCCUCUUAAAGGAGAAGGGCACUGGGUUUAGCUAUGCAUUUUUCCAAAGCUUCUUGUCUCCCCCGCCCCCUUUCUCUUAAAAGAGAAAUUUUCUUAAAAUUUCCCAAACAUUGAAGAAAAAAAUUUGUAAUCCUGCUGGUCCCUAGAAUAUCUGAAUAAAGAUAGAGAUGGGCAUUUAACCUUUAUUAUUUUUUUUCCAGACAAGUCUCAUGUAGCUCAGGAUGUCCUCAGACUCACUGUAUAGCCAAGGAUGACAUUGAAUUUAUGAUCCUCCUGCCUCCCUCCACCUUCUACGUGCUGGGAUUACAGGCCUGUGCCACCAGGCCUGUUUUUUUUUUCUAAUGUACUGGGAAGGGAAUAGAAUCCGGAGCUUCAUGCAUGUCAGUCAUUAACUAACAACCGAGCUACAUCCCAGGCCCCAAGAGCAUAAAAGCCCAGCCUUUUAAAGGGGACUCUUACUGCUAAGAUGGGUACCUGUUUCUUUGGGCAUCUCGUGUUAAAAGAUGCGGCCUGACUUCAUCUUUUAAGGCACAUGGGAGCUUAACCUCAUUGGUGGCUUACUUGGCAAAAGAGACACCUAUCCUUUAAAUAAGAAAUCUUUCAUAGCCUGUUGCCCGUCCUUUAAAUGCAGAAAUCCUCCAUAGCUUGUCAAAAGGGAAUGCCUAGUCUUGACUCACUCGGACUCUAUUUACUGAGCACGCACUCAGCUGAUGCUCUGGUAGGUGCUGAGAUGCAACUGUGAACAAGAAAGGGGCUCCCUGUUUACAUGGUGCGAGCAUUAGACAGAAUAAAAGUGUCUUGGGGGGACACUGUACCAGUGACUGGAGGGUUUACUAGGGCAGGGUCAGCUGGUUCUGUUUUUUGUUGCCAGGGGCAUCCAUCAGGUUGACAGGUCAGGAAUUCUACCAAACACCAACAAUGUAUGAGCCAGCCCCUCUGACACAGAAUGCCCCAUCCUCAAAUCUCUGUGCUGCUGAGGCUGGGAGAUCCUGGCUGGGUAGCACUUGGCUGAUGGGCCCCCCAUGAGGAACGGAGCAAACCGAGUAUGCAGAGAAAGCAAGGGAGUGCUGAAGGGGCUUAAGGAGGGUGGUCUGAGGAGGCGUCUCUGAGGUGAUUUUAGUGCAGACAUGGGUGACAGGGUGGAUGGUGGAAAGAAGGCGUACUAGGCGGGAGCCCCAAGAUGGGGUCACUCUCCCUGCCUGCUUGAGGCUAGAGGGACAGGAGGCCAGCAAGAGGGGAGAAGGCCACCCGUCUUGAACAUCCAGCAGGCUGCUGUAAGAGGUUUGCCCUCUGUUCUCAUACAGGUGUGAUUGCUACCUAGACUGGCCUCAACCUCCCCCCCCCCACUCCGUGUUAUCCUCCUAGUGUGUACCUGGUUCAGGCGUAGGGCUUUGUGUGUGUUGGAUAGGCACUCCAUCAGCUGAGCUACAUCUCAGCCCUACUUUUAAGUCUUUGAUAAGAGGGCAUAGAAGGAAAACAACAACAACCCGGAGUUAGAUUUUGGUUAAAUGUGAGGUGUUUUAGGCACAGUGCAGCAAGCAUGGGGAGCAAAGGAGAGUCUUCAGGAGCUGUAGUUUUGGGGUCCUUUAUUUAUAGAUCCUGGAAUCCUAAGAGAGGGGGCGAGGGCUUCCAGAGAGAGGGGCAGAUAGAAAGAGCAAUUCUUGACUGCGCUCUAACUCAACCUCCAGGUUUAGAAGGAUCUAGCCCAAAGGCUGAGAUGGUGACAGGAAGGAGUGUCAGCCUCCUGAAGCUAGGAGGAUGUGUCUAAGGAAAACCUCAGCACAAGGGCUGGGGACAACCGGUGACUGAAGUGCUCCCAGAGGGAAGAGCAGGUUGAGGGGGCUGGAGGGGACUGAGGCAAGGGUGUGCUGCUGAAAACCUGGCGGAUGCCACGGGAGGUCAGAGGCCGUGGCACAGGGCAGCAUGUGUGGGGGAAUCCUACAGGUCCACAGCCUUGUGCUGCUGCUGUUUUGGCCUGGAUCUUUGUGGGGUUCAUCCUCUGCACUGUAGGGUGUUGAGAAGCACCUCUGUCCCCUGCACUUGAUAGACAAGCAACAGAGAGUGUCUGCAGGCAUCACAGGCUGCCCCUGAGUGGGAAGAGCACUGGUGGAGCACGGGAUGUCUGUUCUGACUGACACCUUUUCUCUUCCCAGUCACUGCAGUGAAUGGUGGUGGCCAGGUCACCUUCGAAGAGCAGGGAAGCAUGUUACAGUGGGAAGAAACAUGCCAAAGGGUUACCACUGAGCGCAUGCAGGGACCAGAUAGUGCAGUGUGAGCUGAGAAGCAUGGGGAGUGUCCAGAAAAUGCACAUGAGUGUAGGAACAGUGAAACAGGCAGGCCAAGGCCGGGGUGUACUGGGGAGUGAGUGCACGCGGAGGCCAGGUGACACCGGAAGUGAUGGCGUGAUGGGAGGAGGUGACGGUAGUGAUGGCGUGAUAGGAGGAGGAGACGGUAGUGAUGGCGUGAUGGGAGAAGCGUGUAGAUCCUGUAGGAACAGGAAGUCACCACUGGGAUUUGGGGGACCCAAGAGAGAAGGGAGGGCAGUGGGAUGGGUGAGAAACUGUUUACGGUGUGAUGGGGGGACAACUGUUGAGGUGGGGAAAGGUAGGGGCAAGUCUUCAAACCAGAACAGGAAGCAAAGCCAGAGGCUUCUAAGGCACUGCCGUCCAGAGAACAAGUGUCCUGAAGGUCGUGUUCUAUCUGGAGCCCACCCUUUCUUGCAUCUUUUCUUCCCAGAGGAGCUGGCCAGCUAGUUGCAGUUUGCUGAGAAGUUGACAUCCCUGGUACUCCAUUAUUUCUCAUAGUCUGUAUGUGAUACCGUGUACCGUGUGUUAAGCCUAGGCUGUUGGAAGCUCUAACCCUAAGGAAGAACCCCUACAGUGUGGGUGACAUAGGGAGACUGCCCCGUUCCUUGGAGAGGUGAUGGGGGCCAGUACUAGCCCACUCUGAUCAGAAUCCUCCCACCAGGUGUGAUGGCCGGCCCCCACGUGGACAUGGCGCCAGCUUCCACCACUGAGGGAACCGAGGAAAAGUCAGGCCCCACUGCCCCAGCACCCACUCCUGCUGCUCAGUAUGAGUGCGGGGAGUGUGGUAAGUCCUUCCGGUGGUCUUCUCGGCUCCUGCACCAUCAGCGCACGCACACGGGCGAACGGCCUUAUAAGUGCCCAGACUGCCCCAAAGCCUUCAAGGGUUCCUCAGCCCUCCUCUACCACCAACGGGGCCACACAGGCGAGCGGCCGUAUCAGUGCCCAGACUGUCCCAAAGCCUUCAAGCGCUCCUCCCUGCUGCAGAUCCACCGCAGUGUUCACACGGGCCUGCGAGCCUUCACCUGUGGCCAGUGUGGCCUGGCCUUCAAGUGGUCAUCCCACUACCAGUACCACCUGCGACAGCAUACUGGCGAGCGGCCCUACCCAUGCCCAGACUGCCCCAAGGCUUUCAAGAACUCGUCCAGCUUGCGGCGCCACCGGCAUGUGCACACCGGGGAACGCCCUUACACCUGUGGCAUUUGCGGCAAGAGCUUCACACAGAGUACCAAUCUGCGCCAACACCAGCGGGUACAUACAGGGGAGCGUCCAUUUCGCUGUCAGCUCUGCCCCAAGACCUUCACACACUCCUCCAACUUGCUACUGCACCACCGCACCCACAGCCCUGCCCCUGGGUCUAUCCCCACCCCUGCAGGGGAGACUAGCAGAGCCAGCACCAAGGUCCUGGUCUCUGAUGCCUACCUGCAGCCUCGCAGCCCACCUGCACCCCAAGCCCCCCCCCCUCCACCCCCACCCGUGGUGCCUGAGCUCUUUCUGGCUGCUGCGGAGACCACCGUGGAGCUGGUGUACCGUUGCGACGGCUGCGAGCAGGGCUUCAGCAGCGAGGAGCUGCUUUUGGAGCACCAGCCCUGUCCGGGUCCCGCCGUGGCCGCCCAGCCCCAGGAUGCGCCCGCCGAACUGCCCCAGGCUGACCCCCCUCUGCCACAGUCCCCGCCUGCCACUGCGGAGUCCCCGAACUUUGCUUGCCUUCCUUGCGGGAAGUCCUUCCGGACCGUGGCUGGCCUGUCCCGCCACCAGCACAGUCAUGGCACAGCCAGUGGGCAGGCCUUUCGCUGCGGCAGCUGUGAUGGCGCCUUCCCACAGCUGGCCAGCCUUUUGGCUCACCAGCAGUGCCAUGUGGAGGAGGCAGCCGCUGGACGCCCGCCCCCUCAGGCUGAGGCUGCGGAGGUCACCUGUCCCCAGGAGCCUCUAGCCCCAGCCACUCCUGCUCCACCUCCACCCCCGCCUGCCCCUGUUUCUGCAGAGCGGCCAUACAAAUGCGCUGAGUGUGGCAAGGCCUUCAAGGGUUCUUCCGGGCUGCGCUACCACUUGCGGGACCACACGGGCGAGCGGCCCUACCAGUGCGGGGAGUGCGGCAAAGCCUUUAAGCGUUCCUCUCUGCUGGCCAUCCACCAGCGCGUGCACACGGGCCUUCGAGCCUUCACCUGUGGUCAGUGUGGCCUCACCUUCAAGUGGUCAUCCCACUACCAGUACCACCUGCGACUGCACUCAGGUGAGCGGCCCUAUGCCUGCAGCGAGUGUGGCAAAGCCUUCCGGAACACAUCGUGCCUGCGGCGCCACCGACACGUGCACACUGGCGAGCGACCGCACUCCUGUAGCGUGUGUGGCAAGAGCUUUGCACAGACCUCCAACCUGCGGCAGCACCAACGCGUGCACACGGGUGAGCGACCCUUCCGCUGCCCGCUCUGCCCCAAGACCUUCACCCACUCUUCCAACCUGUUGCUGCACCAGCGCACCCAUUCUGCCGAGCGCCCUUUUGCCUGCCCCAUUUGCGGCCGUGGCUUUGUCAUGGCUGCCUAUCUGCAGCGGCAUCUGAGGACGCACACCCCAGCCACAGCAGCCUCGGGCACCACCGGCCCUACUGCUCCACAGCCCCCUGCCCCAUUGGCCGCAGCUCCAGCUCCACUGGCCGCCCAAGAUGUUCAUGUCCUCCCCCACCUACAGGCCACACUUUCACUUGAAGUAGCUGGGACCACAGCUCAGGCUACACCCCCAGGCCAAGUCAUCCCCAACUCCCAGACAUUUCUCCUGGUACAGACUGCCCAGGGCCUUCAACUGAUCCCUAGCAGUGUCCAUCCCCCUACCCCUCCACCACCGCCUCCACCCCCCAAACUCAUUCUGCUGCCUCCUGCCAGUACUGCGGCUAUGGGCAAUGGUGCUGCGAGACAGGGCCCUCGGGCCGUGGGGAAAACUGGACAGGGGACAGGGGUAAUGUGGUUUCCAGGCCCAAGUGGUCUGGGGAUGCAGGGAGGGGGUAAUGCAGGGGCUAGCGGGGGAGGUCAGAGCCUCAUUGUUCUACAGAACGUAGGGAGUGGGGAGACAGGGUCACAGGAAGUGAGUGGGGUUCAACUUCAGCCAGCACAGGAAGUGGCCACGGUCCAACUCCAGCCUGCGCAGGAAGUGACCACGGUCCAGCUCCAACCAGCACAGGAAGUGACUACGGUCCAGCUCCAGCCCCUGACAGGCCAAGUCUCCAGUUCUAAUGGAGGAGCUGUGGCUACUGACACUCAAAACCUGCUGGUGGUUCAGAGUGGGGCUGCUGAAGAGUUGCUCACCGGCCCUGGACCUGGGGAGGUGGGGGACAGCGAAGCCAGUGCCAGUGUGGUUCAGGAUGUCCUGUUUGAAACGCUGCAGACAGAUGAAGGGUUGCAGAGUGUGCUGGUGCUGAGUGGAGCAGAUGGCGAGCAGACCAGGCUCUGUGUGCAGGAGGUGGAAACCCUUUCCCCUGGGCUGACAGAGCCAGCCGCCACUGGCCCGGCAGGACAGAAACUCCUCAUCAUUCGGAGCGCUCCCGCUACCGACCUGCUGGAGAACAGCAGUGCUGCAGGAGGCGCCGCAACACUGCAGAUCCUGGCCCCACCAACACCUGGCCCGGUCUCUGCCCCUGUCGGGGUGCCCGUAGCUCCCACCUCCCAGAUGGUACAAGUGGUUCCUGCAGUGACUGGCCCGGGGGUCAUGGCUCCCCAGAGCUUGCCCUCUAUCCAGAUUGUACAGACUCUGCCAGCAGUCCAGUUGGUACACACGUUUUGAAGAGAUCCACUAGUACUUCCGUCUGCCACAAACCCCCUCCACCCCUCCACCCUCAGCGCACUAACUGUUCUCCUCAGCUGGGCUGGGGUCAAGGGGACCGCUGGCUGGGCUUGCUAAUAAAGACAGAGUCUCUU